AUGCCUGGUUAUGAAGCAGAAAGAGAUCGGUUGCGGGAGCAUUUAGGAAUCGAAUGGAUACAGAAUGGCCUUGCGAAGUCAGGAUGGACACCAAAGAAACCAAUUCGACACUCAUCUGACUUGAACUGUGACUUCUCUCAUCCGGAAAAAUGUCAAUGGAAGAAUAUGGCUGAUGAGAACCAAUUGGAUUCAAGAGUAAUAUUUUUUCAAUUUCUAGAUUUCUAUCUAUUCGAGAAAAUCGAUUACACCGAAUUCCCAGUUCUUCGUGUUGGUCCCGGACCAUCGAAAAUUCAACAAGGAGACAAAAUGAUAUUUGUGGGUGAUAAGAAACGAGAAGAGCAGCAUGCAAUCUUCUACUCAUCACCUAUCAAUUGUCAGAAUUCGACUGGAAAUUUGACAUUUACAUACUGGGUGUACAAUAGCGCACGAGUCGAAGUGAUUUUGUUGGAAGACGACGGUAGAGGAGGAUAUAAGAUGAUUUUCGAUGAUCCAUCUGAAGAAAAGCCAUACGUGGAUUGUGGAACUAUUCAAUUGAAUACAGAAUGUCAUGCUGAAAUUCCACCAAGAGACAAACCAUUCAGAAUUGGAAUCCGUGCAUACGAAAUUUCGAAUACGGACGGAUCGUUUGUGAUGAUUGACAAUAUUCUGUACUCGGCUAGUUUGUGUAAAGUUGGAAUUGACGUUGGAGAUACUUUCAAAUCAAAUGCAUUGGAAACGGGAGCAAGUGGAAAACAUAUCGAUACUGCCGCCGAGCUUAAAUGUGAUAAUUUUGACUCAAAGUGUAGAUGGAGAUCUGGAGGUGAUGCUAUGGUGAUGUGGCGCCGUUCGUCAUCUGCUCUCCCAAGUCCUCUUCUACUGAAUGCCACCGGAACUACAGUAGGACCACGUGGCGGAUAUGCGGUACUGUAUGUCGAACAAGGAACACAAAAGAAAUCAUUGGAUAUUCUGAGAUCUGACCCUAUCACUUGUCAGAGUUUGACCGAAAAUGAAUUCACUUUUAGAUUCUGGGAAUUCGGGCAAAUUGAACUGGAAGCAUGCGCUGUCGACCUGAUGUUGAAAGAUAUUGAAUGCGUCCCUAUUCCACGUGGAAGCUCACCGGCAAAUGUUAAAUUGACAUUCAGAAAAGCAACUAAAAAUUUCAUGAUCAUCAUUAGAGUUUCUUCUUUGAAUUCUGAUUUUGAUAACAUGGUGAUUGUUGAUGACAUCUCCUAUAGAGCAACACUUUGCACUGACGCACUGUCUGUAUUCGACAUCGGAGAUUCUUUCGUUUCUACUCCAAUGCUUUCUCUUCUUCUGAGCCGAAAUGUGCAUACAGCUCAAGAUCUAUCUUGUGAUUUCUCAAAGAGAGCAUCUGCAUGCCUUUGGGGAAUGUUGAAUCAGGACGAGGACUCAUCUGAUAUUGCAUCAAACACAUGGACAGUUGGACAUGGGCCAUUGAACGAUGAGAAGUUGUAUUCAUUGACUGGAAUUUCUGAGAUUCCAGAAGGAGAAUUCGGAUUAGCAAAAUUCGAAACUGGAGGAAGCGCAGUUCUUCUGUCAGAAGUCGUCAGAUGUGCACUUGAUAAUGUGCACGUUCAAUUCAAAUUGUGGACUACUGGAACUGCUAAAAUUAAGGUUUGCCUUGUCGAAGAAUCCUCCCCAUCACUUCUCGAUUGCCAAGAUGCCAGCAGUGGCGAUGUGGUUGUAGAUCUUCCACGCAUCCGUCGUCCAUUCCGAGUUGCAUUCUCGGCAGAAGCAGAAGAUCAAGGAAUGGUUCUGAUUGAUGAUAUCAUUGUGACUGGUCAAAUCUGUCCACCAACCGCUGCCAAGCAAUUCUCAUCGAAAACUUUCCGACCGACUGCUGAUAUUCCAGACCCGAACGUUUGUAGACUACUGUCAUGUGAUUUCCAUCUGGGACAUGCUUGCCUCUAUGAAAGUUCACAAGUUUCUAAUUCUGCUAUGCACGGAGUAGCCAAUAGAAAAUUGAAUGCAUUCUUGACUCGAUCAAAACGAGUUUUCAUUCUGGAGUCGCCACAAUUCCGUCUGAAUACCGUAGCACGCCUUCAUUUCGAUUAUAGACUACAGGGAGACGCCAAUUUGUUCAUUUGCAAUGACAGUGGAACGAAAGAAUUGGAAAGCUGUUUCAAGGUAGAAGGACGAGAAGGAAACGAUUACAUUGAGCUUCUGGCCAGCGAUACAAAGGUUUACAUAAUUUCGCGGCUCUCUGAAACUGGAAAAUCAGGAUCUCUUGAAGUUUCGAAAAUCGUUUUUACUGACACAAGUGAUCAGACCAUUUGUUAA